UACUGAAACUUUAGCUCCUACCAUUAUCUCAGCUAUUACAGGCAAAAGGUGCAUUGCCUCCUAUAAAUAGGGCCUAACUGGAAGCUUAUACCAUUACCAACUCAUCCUAAGCUUGCUAGCUAGCUUGAUCAAUCUGAUCACCCACAAUGGCUGUCAAGUGUAUACUUCUGUUUGGUGUCGUACUAGCGUCUUUCCUGCUUCUCUGCCAGGAUGGAGCAGAUGCUAGAGAGCUCACCGAAACUAAACCUAAAGAAUCCGAGGAGAAGAAUAUGAAACCUGGGUAUGGAAACAAUGGGGGAGGAUAUGGAAACAAUGGAGGAUACGGAAACAAUGGCGGAGGAUAUGGGAACAACGGAGGAUAUGGAAACAAUGGCGGAGGAUAUGGAAACAACGGUGGUGGUUACCAGCAUGGUGGAGGAUACGGAAACAACGGUGGUGGGUACCAGCAUGGUGGAGGAUACGGAAACAAUGGUGGAGGGUCUGGAAACAAUGGUGGUGGGUAUGGUGGAGGGUCUGGAAAUCCUGGAUAUGGCGGUGGUUAUGGCAAUCCUGGCUAUGGUGGCGGCAACAACGGUGGAUAUGGUAAUGGUGGCAGUGACCCAGGACGUGGUGGUGGGUACGGCAAUCCUGGCUACGGUGGUGGCAACAAUGGUGGGUAUGGCAGUGGCUCUGGUGGAGGGUAUGGCUCUGGUGGCGGGUCUGGCGGGGGUGGAGGUUACGGUGGAGGCUCCGGUGGUGGUGGUGGCUAUCCUUGAGGUGGGUGGAUAUGGUGAAAGGGGUCAAAAUGGUGGAUGUCACCAAGAAACAACUAGACAUAUAUAUGUGUUUUAAAUAAAACAUGUUCAGUCCCACAAAAACAUGCUUGAUGUGCUUGAAUAAAAUUUGCUCCUUAUGCUCGCAUAUACGAGCAAGGUACCUAUAAGAGCAUUUUGUAGUCUCAUGUUUAUGCACGAUAUGUCAAAUAGAUUCUAAAUAUUGUGGCACAUGUUGUAAGGAGUUCCAUAAAGGAAUAAAUGUCUAGUUUGUUGUUCUCUA